UCAUCGCGAGGCACAUUACCGAGACCGGUCCUCCGGAGAUGUGAGGGAAGUUUCACACUUGAGCUCGUUCGGCCAAAACAAAUAACAAGCGCGCGGAAAGGACGCGGAGGCCAAAAAACCGUCUGGAUUAUAUUUCUGCGAGCUGAGUCCACACCGGCCCACAAAUGAGCAACAGCAGAUGAACUUGAUGAGGUCCAGUCAGCUGAUGAAAGAGGAGUGACCACUUCAUCCUCCUCUUGUUGCACUCCAUCUAGAGGCCAGUGAGGCUGAAGAGUCCCUUCAGCCCGCCUCAUUUUGCCACCAUUUCCUCUCCGAGUUGGUCCCCCAGAAGUGUUUCAAAACUGUUUCUCCAACGCUUUUUCCAGAAACUGAGACUGUUUUCCAAAGCAGAAGCAGCACAGCCCUCCCAGACUGAGGUGAUGGGAAGCGUGCGAGCCAGCCGCUACAGCAUUGUGUCAUCAGAGGAGGACGGCAUGAAGCUUGCCACUAUGGCAGUACCCAACGGCUACGGGAACGGCAAGAGCAAGGUGCACACGAGGCAUCAGCCACAAAGCAGAUUUGUAAAGAAAGACGGUCACUGCAACGUGCAGUUCAUCAACGUGAGCGAGAAGGGUCAACGGUACUUGGCCGAUAUCUUCACUACGUGCGUGGACAUCCGCUGGAGGUGGAUGUUCAUCAUCUUCUGCCUCGCCUUUCUCCUGUCGUGGCUGUUCUUCGGCUGCGUCUUCUGGCUGGUGGCCAUAUUCCAUGGGGACUUGGAGAAUAACGCUCAGAAGUGCGUCUCCAAUGUUAGCAGCUUCACUGCUGCCUUCCUGUUCUCCAUUGAGACUCAAACUACUAUUGGCUACGGCUACAGAUAUGUGACAGACGAGUGCCCUGUCGCUGUCUUCAUGGUGGUUUUCCAAAGCAUCGUGGGUUGCAUUAUUGAUGCCUUCAUCAUUGGCGCCGUCAUGGCAAAGAUGGCAAAGCCCAAGAAGAGAAAUGAAACGUUGGUUUUUAGCCAUAACGCCACAGUGGCCAUGAGGGACAACAAGCUCUGCCUGAUGUGGCGUGUGGGCAAUUUGAGAAAGAGCCACCUGGUUGAGGCGCAUGUGCGGGCGCAACUUCUGAAAUCCCGGACAACAGCAGAGGGGGAGUACAUCCCCCUCGAUCAGAUGGACAUUGAUGUGGGCUUCGACAGCGGAGUCGACCGCAUCUUCCUGGUCUCCCCCAUCACCAUCGUCCACGAGAUCGACGAGGACAGCCCCUUCUACGACAUGAGCAAACAGGACCUGGAAAACUCUGAGUUUGAAAUCGUGGUCAUCCUGGAGGGCAUGGUCGAGGCGACCGCCAUGACCACGCAGUGCCGCAGCUCCUACGUCGCCAGCGAGAUCCUCUGGGGCCAUCGGUUCGAGCCUGUUCUCUUCGAGGAGAAGAACUACUACAAGGUGGACUAUUCCCGCUUCCAUAAGACAUACGAGGUGCAGAGCACCCCUCUGUGCAGUGCCAGAGACCUUGCAGAGAAAAAAUACAUUCUCUCAAACUCCAACUCCUUCUGCUACGAAAACGAGAUGGCGCUGGAGAACAAAGAGGACACAGACGAGGGGAAUGGGGGCAGCGUUGGGCCCGACGGCACCCAGACUGACAACAUCUCAGAGACCGAACACAGCCAAGCCACAGUGCCGCUAGAGCCCCGGCCUCUGAGACGAGAAUCAGAAAUAUGACUGUUCAGACCUCAGACCUCACGUGAGGGAUUUUCUAAAAUCACCUCUCUGCUCCAAAAGGCACAACGAGCCGAGCUGGGCCUUGGGUAGAGGACAAGCCGAACGGUACUGCUGUGGCAAGCGGCAAGGUUUAGGACUUUGUAUGUAGUAGUCGGUUUGAACUUUGACUACAUACAGUAUGACAAAACACAGCACUAUGAACCAUGUGCAUAUUGCAGGAAGAAUUCUCCAUGAAGUCCCCAUGAAUGUGUGCUCAGUGUCUGGUGACUGCAAGAUGACAGAGGUUGUUGCAAUGACUUGAAAAUCGCAGGCAUGUCUCAGUUUCUCUGGCCGGCAUGAACAAGGCGCUUUUCAGAAAAGGUGGUUUUUAUAGUUAGAAUGUUCUAAAGUGCUGCUAGAAAAUAGUGGAGGUUAAACUUUGUGCUUUCUCGAGUACACGAAAAGGUAGAUGUCUGGAACAAAGGUACAAGUAUUUGUUCACGAGCUGGUCUCAUAGCAGACAUCAUAGAGGUCUAAAUAAACUGCACCGAAAACUUUCUGUAUGCAACAAACGACUUGUAGGAAACUUUUCUCUGACUUGACUAGCACUGGUUUUCUGAUCUUCUGCUUUAUCCUUUGCAGUUAUUGAUCUGUUCAUUGCUGGUCGGACUGAUGGAAACAUGCCUGCUCAUGUCAAGAGAUAGAGCAGGGUAGUAUUAACGGCAUCAAACUGACAGAAAAAUCAUUAAUUUAAAACAGAGACCGGGGUAUGAGAAUCUGAAUGUUCUUAAAAGUGCUGCUAUAAUGUUGCUUCUUUAUUUUUAUUUUUAUUUUUUUUUACGGUUGAUAAAAAAUGCCAAAGAGUAUUAUCAUAGUUAUGUGUUUCUUAAAAACAACACCUGGUUAGAUUUGGUACAGAGAAGUAGAAUGUUUAGGGAGUUUUAAUAAGGUUUGUUUUUCAAGAAUGUGUGUACAGUUUCUUUUUUUUUUUUUUUUAAUGUUGAUCAUCUUUAUCUUGAGCCACUUCAUCAAGCCUUAAUCUGAAGAGUCAAAAAGGGGGGAAUGCAUAAAUCUACGCAGGGCCAACGGCUUUACUGUAGUGCAGUGGUUCCCAACCUGGGGGUCAGGACCCCCACUAGGGGUCGCCAAAGCUUCAUGAGGAGUUGCCAGGCCUUCUUGAUUUUAAGGCAUGUAAGAAAACUUUAAAAAUAUACACAGUAGGCCUAAAUCCCAGCAUUUGGUUCAUUCUGUGAAGACAAAUAAAUGUAAAUUAUCUAAUAGAACAAUGGCAAAGCGCCAGGGACAAGAAAACACAAAAAAGAAGCCUAUUAAUUAUUUUAUGAUUGUUAAGAAUGAUUAAAAAAAUACAUAAUACAGACAGAUAAUUGUAUAAAAAGUUCCCUCAACAGGAAAAAUCUGCUCAAAAUUCAUCCAAAUCUCUUGUUUUACACAAACGUCCUGCAGUUACUGAGUUCACUGUUUGGGUUCAUUGUUCAGUUUUUAAUAUAAUAUGAAAUAUACUCAAAAUAUGUCACUGAGUCAGUUUAAUAAAUGACAGAAAAGGGGUCCCUGAAGGAAAAAGGUUGGGAACCACUACUGUAGAGGACGGUAAACAAGAAUCUGUAGUGUUUGCUGAACUAGAAACAAUAAUUCAGUAAGUGGCCCAGUCUUGUUCGGAGGAUUUUUUUUUUAGGUGUCAACUUAAAGCAAAACGUUCUCUGAAGGUUAUAAAAUAUGAAGUUUGCAAAGAGACCUAGAUCUCCUGAAUCUGAUACAGUGUUGUGAUUGGAGAUAAAAAAAAGAAAAGGUCUUCUAAAA